AUGCAUCUUCCGCUCACUCUCGCUGUGCUGCCUCUUGCAGCCCAGGCUGUAAACAUCAUAUCCGCCAACGAUGACGGGUGGGCCGAGAAGAACAUCCGCACUCUCUACGACACGUUGACCGCGGCUGGUCACUCGGUGGUGAUUUCGGCGCCAGCGGAAAAUAAGAGCGGAACAGGCUCCUUGGAUGCAGAGCCUAAGCAAUUGACCGAAGCCUGCGAGUUUGACAGCUGCCCGGAAGGCAGCCCCGCAGUGGGAAACAACGCUACCCAGCCGCGGUGGAACUACGUGAACUCGUACCCAGUCACGUCAAUCAAGCAUGGUAUCCAGAACCUCUCGACCACCUACUUCAACGGCAACCCGGACCUGGCCGUCACCGGUCCAAACGUCGGCGCCAACCUAGGAGUGGCGAACGCGAUUUCCGGCACGGUGGGCGCUGCCUGCUACGCUGCCCACGACGCAGGUAUCCCAGCAAUUGCCUUCUCCGGCUCCAGCGGUUCUGCGACCGCAUGGGAUGAUCCCACGCCCGAAUACGCUACUAUCUACGCCCAGCUGGCGGCCAAGGUCGUCGACAAGGUCGUAGCUGCCGGCACGCCCUAUCUCCCCGAGGACGUCUACCUCAACGUCAACUUCCCUAAGGUGGACGACUGCGCCAGCGUGGACGACUUCAAGUUCGUGCUCUCGCGUAUUUACACCGCCGUCCCCCUUAUUUCGGGCGACGAUGUAGAAACCUGCAGCAACGAUCAGCGCCUUCCGACUGAGACCAAGGUCACGGGUGCGGGCUGCUACGUGAGUAUCUCGGUGGGUAACGCGUCUAACAAGAGAGAUGCGAAUGCGACGCUGCAGGGACAGGUGCUGGACAAGUUGGGCGACUUCCUGACCUGUCUGCCCUAA